AUGGUAUUCGGAGGAAGUAAACCACCCACGAUAGAUCCACUCUACAGCUACUCCAAUGGAGUUCCUCAAGGCUCCGUUGCAGCAGACAUCCCUGCAGACGAAGCCGAAACCGUGGAAUUCGUCGCACCUGAUAAGUUCAUGGUUGAUUGUGUGUACGUUGUAGCACACGUCGUACUGAUUGUCCGGCAAGGUUUCACGUUCGCCGGUGCCAUGACUGCUUGA